AUGGAUUAUGAUGAUGAAUUUGAGAAUAAUAACCCAUUUGCAGAGCCACAGGAUAUAAAUCAACAAAUUGACACCAGUACUCAACAACCAAAUUCAAUAAUUCCUGAACACGAAGCCCCUAAUCAAAGUCAAAAUCAACCAACUCAACAAAAUAAUCAACUGGAAAAUUCUGAAGAUAGGAUUUCCAAAACAGACCUUAAAAAACUACUACCUGAAAGAUUUACUCAUAAAUAUAAUCUACAUAUAAAACUAAUAGGAAUUGAGAAAAAUAAAGCUGAGAAUCCUAUAUUAAAACUAGAAGCAAUAGUUUCUGGAUUACCAAAGUUUAGACAAAAAGAAUAUAAGGAGUUACGUCGAACAUAUAAUGAAGUUGUAAAAUUUAAUAAAUAUUUAUCAAUAUCAAAUUUAGAGGUAUUUGUACCUGUAAUACCCAAUGUUAAUACUUCAUAUCCAUCUGGUGGAGAAGAUGAAAAGAAACAACUAAUGAUUGUAUGGCAAGAAUGGUUUAAUAGAAUAACGGCAAAUCCAAUUUUGAUAAGAGAUGAGGAAUUUGUAUAUUUCAUUGAAAAUGAUUUUGGAUAUAGUGUAAUUAAUAGUAAUAAGAAAUCAUCAGUUGCAAGUGGAAUAAUGAGAAAGACAUUAAAACAAUUUUCUGUACCUUAUGAUCCAUUUGAAGAAUUAGCAGAAUUUAGACCAACUAUUAAAAAUGCAUAUUUAACUUGUCAAAAAUUACAUAAACUAUUAGAUAAAAAUUCGAAAUGUGAAAAACAAUUAUCAAUUCAUGUGUAUGAUAUGUCAAAUAAAUUAAAUGUAUUAUCACAAUUUGAAAAUACUCAUCCUGGAAUGAAGAACAUGUGGGAAAAAUUAGGGAAAGUUAUACAAAUUCAGUCAGACUUACUACUUAUUGAAUCUAUUAAUGAGAUGGCAGUACUAGGUGACGGAAUUCAAUUAUUAAUUAAUGAUUUUUACGAAAUUAAAGAAGCAUUAACGAAUAGAUAUUUAAUAAUGAGAGAACUAAUUCAAGCAGAAGCACAAACUAAUCAAAAACAAGUACAAGCUAGUAAAAUAAAAAGCAAAAUUUCAUUAGAUCCUAUAAAAGUAGAUGAGGCACUAAGAUCAUUAGAAUAUGCAGCAAAAGUUCAAGAAUCUUUAAGUUUACAAGUUAAAAGAAUAUCAGGGGAAAUGCUUUAUGAAAAAGAUGAAGUUGAAAAAUUUGUUGAAGUUAAAUUUAAAAAUUUACUUAAGUCAUAUGUUUUACAUAAAGUUGAUCAUCAUAGAAAAAUUUUAAAGAAUUUUGAAACUAUUAGAUUAGAUGUGAGAUGUGUUGAUGAAAAAGGUGGAUUAUCAAGAUUAAAUAGAGAUAAUUUAUCAAAUUUAAAACAUAAUUUAUUUCAAUCUCAAUCUUCCCAAGGAGAUACUUGGUCAUCAAGAACUUUUAGAUCAUUAGAAAAGGAAGAGGAAACAAGACAACAAAAGAAAGAAUUACAUGGACCAUUACAACAACCUAUUGUUGAUGCAAAAAAUGCUGCUUCUUUAUUAGGUGUAGCUACUUUUUAA